UGUGUAUCAUUCUGUAUCAAAGAAAAAUGAGUUUUUACGUCUGAUGCUAAGUGCUGCCGGCAGUUCUGCGUUCUUAGCGCCUCGGACGUUAUCGUGGAAAAGCAAAGAAAGUUCGAAAGAGCGCGGAUGAGUGCACAAAUGACAUGCAAUGUUGACUGUGGGGAAGAAAGCGUGCCGGAUGAUUGAGAAUUCACAUGAAUUCCCACAGAAAUUCAGAUUAGCCACAUCUUAGCAUUCUGUCCCGUUCCAUCKGGAAGGCUUUUUCGAGAGGGAGAAACAUCAGUUUAAGUAGCAGUGAUGCCGCAGGAAAAAGGUUACAGGAAAAUCUCCAAUGUAGAGAACAAAGAAGAAGUCAAAGAAGUUAGCUUUCUGUCCACUCUUCUCUUUCAAUGGAUGAACAGUGUUUUCAAGACAGGUAGUGAACGGCCUUUAGAUCAGGAUGACUUUUUAUCAUUGUCCGAAGAAAACUCGGCCCGUUCUUCGACCGAUAAACUUCAAGAGAGUUGGAACAAGGAGAGAGAUAAAUGCAAAAAGAAGGGAAAAAGACCCAAGCUUUGGAAAAGCGUGUUGAGGAUGAUGACUGUCAACGAUCUCUUAGUUGUUGUAUUCGGGAACGCUUUACAUGCAGCUUAUCAUCUUCUUAGUCCAUUGCUUCUUGGAUAUCUUGUGUCCAAAUUAAUGUCAGCAACAACAGAAGAAAAUUUUCCUCUCUAUGUCUGCGCUUUGAUAUUGUUUUUCAAUGCGGUGAUUGGAACCCUUGGUAUCCAUCACAUGGGCUACAGGACUGAACUGUAUGGGAUCCGAGUGAGUAGUGCACUCCGGGGUUUGGUGUACCGCAAGACGCUAUUAGUCAGCAAGGAAAAGCUGCUCAAUUUCACAACCGGGCGUGUGUUUGGCUUGAUAUCCAAUGAUGUUAAAAGAAUGGAGGAGGAAACUGCCCUAUUCUUCCUGAGAUUUCCUUUCUUUGUUCUUGAAAAUGUACUGGUAGUGAUUGUUCUUGGUUACUUGAUUGGCUGGCAGGCUGUCUUGGCGGCCAUCUUUCUUUGCUUUACAGUGCCAUACUUGGCCGGCUUAUCCUAUUGUAGUGCUGCAGUGCGUCUGCGUAUAGCGGCCGCGUCCGAUCAACGCAUUUCCCUGAUGAGUCAGGUGGUUGGUGGGAUACGUGCCAUAAAAGCGCAUGCGUGGGAGGAUGAAUACCGGGAAAGGAUAAGAGAUACCCGAAGGCUUGAAAUUAGUGCCAUUCAUAAGAAGAACAUCCUUCAGUCAACUGUUGAUGGCUUGAUGUGCAGUGUAUCGGCGAUGGCAACCCUGGUGUCAGUCUUCACUAUGGUGCUGACUGGUCAGGCUCUUAACCCUGUUAACAUUUUCGUGCUCCUUUCUUAUGUCAGUGUUCUGAGAAGAAACAUCAACGUUGGACUGGCUAAUACCUUUUUUUUAGUGUACGAAGCCUACGUUUCGCUGAAUAGGAUUGAAGACUUUCUUCUCUUAGAAACACUGCCCCAAAGUUCCAGUGAAGUGCGAGAAGAGAGCAGGGGUGACCCAAAGAUUAGUUUGGUUAAACCGGAGAAAAAAGAUCAGGAUUUCAUUGGCACCGAAUCCAAAGAUUUUAUCGGAACGCUAUCUCUGCGUGUGUUAAAUUUAACAUACAAGGGAACUGAUCGCGAACAUGAAUAUAUUCUUCAGGACAUCGAGUUUGUGACUGCUUCAAAGAGUUUAACAUUGAUAACGGGGCCAGUGGGUAGCGGCAAAUCCACUCUUCUUGCGACUAUCGCUGGAGAAAUCACACCUACGAGUGGAACUGUAACCAGCCAAGGUAUGAUCAUUUAUUUGCCUCAAAAUGCCUGGAUUUUUUCUGGAACCAUAAGAGAUAACGUUUUAUUCGGUUUGCCAUACGAAGAACCCAAGUACGCUCGAACAGUCGAGGCCUGCGCUCUUAGAGAAGAUAUUCAACGGUUUCCCGACGGUGACCAAACAAUUCUGUUGCUGGACUAUCACUCGUUUAUAUCAUUCAAUCCGUGGCCGUAG